GCAUGCGCAGAUGACUCAUAGGCAGCCAUUACACAGAAGACUUUGACAUGUCAGCGAUAAUAUAAACUAGUAGACUUCGAAAUACAAUGGAAUUAACAUUAUCACGGUUUGGAGAUUAGGGCAAUGACAAUCUUAAAGAAGAGACACAUAUUGGAGUCACAAAAUAAAAGUAGCAACUGAUACGACAGUAGAAUGAGCCUACCGCGUCCAACGGGGCUGAAGGCCCCAACCAAGAUUGGGCGGCCAGGGUCUGGGACACAGCGCCAGUCCGGGAUUCCUGCUCCUGGGUCAGGUUCAGGGAGUCGGCCCCAAAGUGCUCUAGCUAAGAGAGCAGCUGGAGUGUCAGCCAGUCAGGCGGAGAGGUACUCGACAAACCAUCUUCCUCAUCUCCGAGGUCCAGAAAACACACCUCCAGCAGGUAAUGGCACUGAUGAUCUCAAGAUCGGUGACCGUGUCUGGGUCGGAGGAACAAAGCCAGGAGUGAUUGCUUUCAUCGGUGAAGCACAAUUUGCUCCUGGAGAAUGGGCUGGGGUUGCCCUUGAUGAACCAAUAGGUAAAAACGAUGGCAGUGUAGCCGGGGUAAGAUACUUUCAGUGUGAGCCAAUGAAAGGAGUGUUUUCUCGUCUGACCAAACUGUCCCGGACUCAAGGUCUGAUUUCAGCCCCGACGCCUAAACCUACCGAUGCUGGGAGCGACACAUCCACCAGCCAGAGCAGUGCCCAAAACGGGACAGCGAAUCACACACCUGCUCGAUCACAAACUCCACGAAUUGGACUCUCUGGAUCGAAGUCCAAAUCAGGCUCCAAUGUGAGCUUGAAUAAAGACUCGCCACCUACCUCUACCCCCAAUCUGCAUCGAGGAGGCCUUGCCAUGACCAAGCAUGGGGUUAAGGUUGGAGAUCGUGUUGUUGUGAGUGGGUCGAAGAGUGGAAUCCUGAGAUACGUAGGACAGACUGAUUUUGCAAAAGGAGAAUGGGCAGGGGUGGAGCUUGAUGAGCCACAGGGGAAGAAUGAUGGUGCUGUUGCUGGUAAAAGGUCAAGCCGUCAAAUGAAGUACUUUGACUGCCGACCCAACUUUGGGUUGUUUGCACCCAUACACAAGGUCGCCCGCUAUGCAGGAGGGGCAACUCCUAGCCCUCAGACACGGAACUUGGCAAACACCAGCUUGCGUAGUGCGCGUGAGCGAUCAGGAAGCCAGGAGUCAAUUAGUUCGGUCAGCUCAACCGCGUCUAGUGUAUCCCGGAGCCGGGUAAGGUUGGGCAUAACCUCCCUGGCCAAUCAGAUGAACCAAUCAAAUUUUGAGGCUUCCAAAAGCGGCCAAAGACCAAGCUCACUUAACUUGUCUGCUACCACAUCUGCCCUCCAGAAAGCACUUAAGGAAAAGGAAGAGCAUAUAGAACAACUGUUGAGAGAGCGAGACCUCGAAAGAGCUGAAGUGGCAAGGGCAGCUGCGCAGGUGGAUGAGGCUGAGGGUGAACUGACCCACGUGAGGCAGGACAAGGAACGGAUCCUGGCUGACAGUGAGACACAAAUCCUGCAGCUGAGGGCCAUUGUCCUGGAGUAUGAGAAGGAGAAGAAGGCAAUGACUGUCAAGCUGGAGGAAGAGAGGAGGAAGGUGGAAGAUCUGCAGUUCCAGAUUGAGGAGGAAGUAAUCAGCAAGGAUGAUCUGGAGUGUCGAACUGAAGAAGAUGAGGCCAAAUUGCGGGAGCUGGAACGCGGCCAUAAGCGUGAGAAGGAGCGAGCUGACAAGUUGGAGCAGGAGUUGGCAGCUCUCAAGGAAAUGGUUGCCCAGCAACAGACAAAACUGAAGACUAGUGAUGAAACUCAGACAACCUACUUGGAUCAGAUGGAGGAACUCACCUACAAACUCACCCAGGCUGAGAACAAGAUUAAGACGUUUGAGGCGUCAAGACUCGAGGAAGGUGCUAAGACAAGCCAGGUGAGCAUGGAUCUUGCAGAGAAGACGAACCGGGUGGUGGAUUUGGAGGAGGCCUUGUCGUCACAGAGGAAGGAGAUUAAACAGCUCCAGGACAAGCUGGUAGAAGUGCAAGAUGAACUGACAGACACAAACAACAAAAAGCAGAAGAUGCAGGAUAACAUCACAGACCUGACUAACAAACUUGAAGUGAAUGAAAAAGCCCAGUCUAAGCUCUCGGAGGAGGUCCGUUCCCUGAAGUCGCGGGGAUCAGACCUUCAGCGACAGCUAGCAACAAGCAAGGACAAGAUGGAUGAGCUCACUGAUGAUCGUAACAGAGUUGAAGCGCAGUUGGCCGACCUGAUGAAAAACUCGGGUGAUAACUCUAAGCAACUCUCACUGAUGAAUGACCAAGUAGCCGAGAAGACUAGAAAAAUCGUGGAUCUACAAAACGACUUGUCCAGUUCUACACAAAAGCUUGCAAUCCUUAAUGAAACAAUAGAACAAUUAAAGGCAGACCAAGAGAAGGAGAAGGAGGGUAUUGUAAAUAAAAGUAGAGAUGAUGUGAAGGUGCUACAGGGAACAUUGGAGGAUGUGCAAACUGAACUAGAUAGAACUAAAACUAAAAUAGGAAAAUUAACAGAAGAUUUUGAAAAAGAUAGAGUAGAAUUAGAACGGACAAAGGACGUGGAAAUUACUGACCUUAGGAAACAAUUAAGUGCCAAUGCCAAAGAACUGGAGAAACAAGAACUACAGACACAGGCCCACAAACAGGUCCUGGAUCAGAUCACCUUGGAGAGAGAGGCCAUGAAAUUUGAGAAGGAGAAGGCUGAAAAAAAUCUAAAACGUCUUGAGAGUGACAAAGAUGCUAUCAACACCGAGUUAAUUCAGUGCAGAGUUGAACUGUCUAAACUACAGGCAGAGACUCAGAAAAGCUCCACAGCUAAACAGGGCAUGGAGGAAGAGAUUCAGGUGGCCAAGGAAGAGCGGGAGAGGGCACUGAAGGCCAGGCAGGAGCUACAAAAGCAAUGUGAAGAUGUGCAAGCGGAAAAAGAGAAGGUUACCUCUGAGCGUAACCAACUUCAACAGGAUGCCAUGACAACCAAAGCAGAUAUACAGAAGAAGGACAUGCAGAUAGAGGAGUAUAAGAAGGAGGUGGAGAAAUUAAAAUCAGAAGCAGCCUCACAGCAAGAAGUUUUAAUGCAGAAAUCACAAACUGAGUCAGACAGCCAAGUUCUCAGUAAAGAUUUGGAGGACACAAAGCGUCAUCUGACGGAAGUCCAAGCCAGCUUGAAGGAGGCAGAGGCUGUCAAGCUGAAGAUGACGGCCGAGCUGGAGCAGUCUCAACUAGUCAAGGAGGAGCGAAAAAAGCUUGAAGAACAAACCAAAAAGCUUCAAUCGGAGAUGGAAGAAAACCGCAAAAGAUUUAGUGAAGACAAAGCCUCCUUGGAGUCUGCCAAAGCAGAGCUGCAGUCCAAGGUAGACAACUCUGCCAAGGAUCUCACCCACCACCAGUCCCAGCUGGAAUCCUACAAGAAAAAGGUGGGCGACCUUGAGACUGAGAAUCAGUCUCUGUCUGGCUACAGGGCUUCACUGCAGAGUCUGGAGAAGGAGAGAGAGGCUGAGAGGAACCAACUUCUGGACAAGAUCCACUCACUGGAGGCCGCCGUCAAGGAGAGUAAGAACAACGCCAACAACACCAACAACGGUGACACUGCUGGAGAUCCUGUGGUGGCUCAACUUCAGUCAGACAAGGAGGCAUCUGACAAACAGAUUGAAUUCCUUAACUCCGUGAUCGUGGACAUGCAGAGGAAGAAUGAGGAGAUGAAGCUGCGCCUGCAGGCCAUGGAGGCCGGGGUCUAUGAUAAUGGGGAUGCUGUAGAGGGCAUGGACAUCUCGCCAUCCCGUCCACGAUCAGCCCCUCGUCUGUUUUGUGAUAUCUGCGAUAUGUUUGACCUCCACGACACUGAUGACUGCCCCAAACAGGCCAUGUCAGAGAGUCCCCCACCCACGCAAUACCAUGGCGAUAGGAAGUCAACACGCCCCUACUGUGAUAUCUGUGAAGUGUUUGGCCACUCGACGGAAAACUGUGACGACGAACAAACGUUUUGAAGUGUGCAGUCAAGUCUUGUGGCAUCAAGAAGAGAUCCUGUUCCGCAUCAAUCUGCUCAUUCCGCAAUUUCAUGCCGCCUCUGUGUUACUUGUUACGAGACUCAAUGUUCGAUGUCUCUCUUGGGCUUGUUACACCUGACAGUGGGUCUUCUUGUGAUGAUGAGUGUAACUGUCAUUCAAAGCACAUACAAAAGAGGGAAGGGAAGUACAAAUGUAGGAAGUAAAGGAUAAACCAUUUCAAACAUAUCUGCCAGAGUCUCAGAAUACGGUAUUGGGAAAUGAAUCAUAUUUAUUUCUUAUAGGAAGCAGAAUAAAUAAAACUGGUUUAUUAUAGAUUUAAGGAUGUGUUGAUUUGUAUUAUAAUUUCAGCAUGUAUUGCGUAGUGUCCUUGUCAAGAUGAGAAAAUAUCUUAUGACCAAAUUUGCUAAAGCAGUUCUAGCAUUAUUUCUAGAGAUGCAUCCAUCUUUAAAAAUUCUGUGUUGCUGUCACUGUAUUGUUGGGACAGAAAUCGUGAGAUAGGCAUGAAAUGCUUUGUUUGCUGGUGGUCAUGGCAACUGACAAAUUUGGUCCUUGAAAAAUUGAUAUUUACCAUAUAUUGUUACACUGCUGAAAUUGUUCUUAAUUUCUACACACUGAAUUUCCUCAUGCUUCCUAAAAAUUUUCGAAAAAAUACUGUUCUGAGAACUAUCGAUAUGAUGGAAAGUCUCGUUUAGUAUCCUAGUAUCUAGUAUCCUAAUAAAACAAGAUAUACUGGAGCGCACUUGUGGGGCUGUAGAUCUUAUGACAUAUAAGCUUGUAGUCCUAUUUGCAUGACAUUUCAUGUAGUUAGUCAUUUGUGUUUAAAGGGAUUUACAAAUAUUGAAGCCAAGCUACAGCUUUAUUGUGGAGCUGUAAAUACCAACAAUAAUAGAAGUUCCAAAUGUAGGUGCACUUUAGUGGCAUUACUAUCCAAAGUGCUUGUGACACUUCACAAGAAGACCGACUGUCAUAAAUGUCUGUAAGUCUGAUCUCAGGGAUCUGUUAGCUAGCUGGGAGCAAAGCACAAUAGCAUGAGUUACUGGGGAAUAAAUAUUUUUAUACAGUUGCUAUAGUACCAUAUCUUCUUUGAUGAGUUUUCACAAAGGAUAUUUUGCAUAUUGAUAUUCUUUGAGGAGACUUCCUGCUGUAAUGUACCUAUGUAAAUAUUUACAGUCUUUCAGUAGAUUUUAAUCAAAAAUAUGCGUUAUCAAAUUCUGAGUUUUUCAGUUUAAUUGAAGAAUAUGGUGUAAUGUAAAUGUUUAAUGUCAUGCAUGAAUGGUAUGACAUGUAGUAUUCAUAUUUGUAGAAGUAUAAUAUAUACACCUUGUAUAUACGCCACAUGCAUGAUAAUAUAUAUUUAUCUUACUACUGAUAUUGAGGUACAUACAGUGUAUAUGGGACAAAUGUAUUUUAAUACAAAAAAAUAUUUUUACAACCUAGUAACUCAUGCUUAUUGUUGUUUGACCAAAGUGAAAAAAUUGAAAUGCUGUUUUCUGAAUGGCAUUGAUAUUGUCAACAUAUUGGUAACAAAUAUAUUCUGAAUGAAAUAGUAGGGCAUUAAAUGAAAUUAUUUGAUUAAAAUACGUAAUAGUUUUCAGAAUAAUACAGAUGACAUUUGGAAUGAAUUUAUCUUUUGUGUAGCCCAGGUACAAGAACAUCACACUUUGGAAAAUGAAAUCUCCACGUAACAUAAAUGCUCCACAUAGAUUGAUUCUUUGGUCAAACAAUUGAAACAAGCCAGUCAGUUUGUUAAAGGCACUUUGCUGGAUGGUUGCGAAGCUGCUGUGCCAGUUUGUUGUUUGUAUUUGUUGGUGACUUGCAAGACCAUCAUUCCCUAGCAGUGAUACUGACACUCAUGUUUGUGUGUGACAGCUGUCAUUGCAUGACCCUACUACCCAAUGCUCAUUGUGUCAUUACUGACACUGUGUCAUGAAAUGUUCAGUUCAGUGCAUUGAUGAUAUUAACUUCAGAUUGUAGCAUUCUGGGUUUAUAUUUACGUCAAUAUGAAAUAAAUUAUUAUUGCCACCUAAUUCUAUGUCAUACUGGCCCUUAUAGUUAAUUGUAGACAAAUCCUACUCCAGCAUCAUUAUAAAAUAUCUCAAAUUUUCACAGUUGAUGUAAUCAAACUGUGACAAAUGGUACAAACUCUCUCUCAAUAUAAAGAACUCAACUUUUCAUAAGUAACAUAGUCUUGGAUUGUAUAUAAGCAUAUUCACAUAAAAUAAGUAAUUAGUUGUGUUUUCAUGAGAAAGUAAGCAUCUCAUGUUUUGGAAACUUGCUGGUUUGCCAAUAAGUAUGUUAUAAAGGCUUAUGUCCUGUUGUUUGUGCAAGCUUGCCAGCCUGUGCUAUACCACAGGAAUUCUUAAUACUCAUAUGCUUUGUGCAAAAUGAAAAAGAAAAUUCAUUGGUUUAUGUUUAUCUGAUUUCCAUUGCAGUGUAGUAUGUGAUACUUCAUUCAGCUAAACAGUGAUACAAGUUUUUAAGUAUGUAAAUGUGGUUACUUAAUUAAGGCAAGUGGCACAAUAAGAAAUAUGUCCAAGGUCAAACUAAGACAUUGUUAUUUGGAAUAAAGAUAUGAUGCAUAAAGUGAAAGGACAUAUUGAUCUCAUGGUAUGAGUUUUAAGAAUGUAAGUUAAUAUGUAAUUUAUUGUCAUUAAUGCUCAUGUUUCACCAUAAUCACCAAGCAUGUCAAUGAAACCAUUCUUCAAGAAUUAAGAAAUAAACAAAGCCAAUUUUUGAGGUGCUAUUGUCUAUCUCACAUGAUAGAAUAUAACACUGGUACAUGGUUACAGGGAAAAUGUAAAGAUGAACGGUGUUCAGUUUGCAAUAUCCUCCUUGAAGUGUAAAGCUUGCUUAAAUUUGGUUCAAUUGUCUUGCUUCAAUCAGAAUGCAUUGAAAAGUCAGAGGUUGAAAUAUGACAAGACCGGGAGAAAGCAAUUAGUUUGUGCAACAUACAGACCCAGUUUAGGGGAUACAAUUAUGUGGAUAUGUGAUAAGUCAUGUCCAUCCAGAACGUAUAUAUUUGUUUCAAAUUAUCAAUUUCUAUCAUCAAAAUAUCUCCGGAGUGAUCCUUUUCUUUUCCUUUACAAACUGGCUAACUGUAGAAGUUGAGUGUCAUCUCCCUGAUAAUCAUUUCCCUACUUGGUACAUGUAUAGUUGUAUUCAAAAGACCAAAGAAUUAAGUGGAUGAUGCAUUUGAGUUGUACUAUUUGAUUGAAGCAUGACAGUGAGGACAGAUACAGUAAUAAGCUUAUGUGUCAGGUCUGUUUCCAUUUUGUAUAGGGUGUGUAUGGGUAGAUCUCUAACACAGUAGUCUUGUAUCAUUAUAGAUUAAUAUUAACAUUAUCAUUUGUACAUGGAUUCAUAUGUGGAGGAGCUUGUCCUAUGAUUAAGAGACACUAUGUUGCACCACACACUACUCAGGAUACACUGAAAUAUUGUUGAAGGGACUAUUCUCCAUCGUCUGGUGCCCAUUACCAUACUAAAUCUAUUGUAAUCAGUGUUUUGUUUUAAAAGAAGAUAUUGUGUAGUUUUAAUAAGGUAAUUAUAAACUGCUGAUUCAUCUGCUUAUGAAGUCAGUUAGCAGACAAACACGGGUUUGGCUUGAAUCACACUAAAUGGAAUUGCCAAUUGGCUAUUAUUUUGUCCCACUUCAAGGGCAGGUUUAAAGCCACUGGGUAUAGAUUCAUCUUUGAGAGUAAAGUUUAAGGCAGCCUCAUUUUUUGUUCGUGGUUGGUAACUGAUUGUCUUCUCAGUUUUACAGGUAAAUAGCUGUAGCAUGAAUCUUGAAUGUAGGAACUUAUUUGAGGAGGUAAUACCGAAAACAAAGUUCAUACUAAACAUGUGUUAACUUGAUACUGACAAACGUCUCAAUAUCUGUUAUGAACAAUUCUUAAUUCAAAUCUUUGAAAUUUGUAAAAGAAGAUCCUGAGUGGUGUCAAAAGUGGCAGAGUGAGCUUUCAUAUACUGUAUAAACUGUAUAGAGAGUGUGAGUGUAUUUGGAGUGUAGUGCUGUAGUUGUAGUCACUAUGUAUCAUGGCAUACACAACAUGACAAGUAAGCAUUCAUUUUCAAGGAAAUGCACAAAUACUAGUAUCUUCCCAAACCCAGACUGUUGUUUUCCAUAGUAUUUCCAUAAAAUGAAAUAUUUGUUCUCAUGUAGUGGUAUUUUCCUCCGUGAGAGGUUUAUGGUGAAUAACUAGAACAACUAGACUUUGAAUUCGGGUUCAGGUAUUUUUUUUCGGGUUAAUCACUUGAUACUUGUAGGAAUUUGUGUUUUAUUUCAUUCUGUGUGAUAUUCAAGUGAUUUUUCAUCCACUUUAGCCUGCUCAGUAAUUUCAGUGAUAUGCCGAUGCCUAGUUCUCUAAAUGGUGGCCUUAUGUAGACCAUAAUAUGGUGUUUGUUACCACAAACAUUGUAAAGUAGGCAUUGAUUCUACAAAAUAUGCUUGUCGGUGGCAUGUACUCUCUAUGGUCCUAUUUUCUUGCAAUAUUUGGAACUUUUUUAUUUGACAUCCAAUUGCAGAUUCUAUGUACCUAAUAACCUAUGAAAUAUGUGCUUAUUAUCAACUCAUCAUUUUUGCCAGAACAGUUGAACUUUAGCAGAUUUCAUUUUAUUUUGUUAAAAUGAGUUUUCUUUCUUAUUUCUUUCCUGACCCACAUUGGUGUCUUUGUUUCACUCUCUCAUCUUUUACUCCUAAGGCCAGCGCUACAACUAUGAUAUGAAGUUUAGGAGUCUCUCAACCCAUGAAUAUGAUGUAUAUUACACAGCAUGAAUAAAUGACUUUCAAUUUCCAGAAUCAACUUGGAAACUAAAAUCUGUUAAGCAUAUUGUUGUUUCUGGAAAUAUUCAUGUGGUGAUUGUGUGGUACAAGGUCAGUAGUAUUACCGUUAGUGUACAUUUAUGUAGAGUGCUGAUUUAAAAUUGCAAGUGCUAUUCUAUGUUAUUGUUUGAACAGUUCCCCAGCAAUUCUAGUGGGUAAAGUUAUUUUGUUGUUGGCACAACUGCAGCACAUGUAUGUAGCAUUAUCAAAUAUAAUGUAUUAAAGACUGCCACUUAAGAUUAGUUUGAUUUAUAAUCUGAACUGUUUCUAAACAUAGAUGCUAUGUUAUAUAAAGGCAUCUUAAAUUAUUAAGAAAUCUAUGAAAUUAUCAUAUUUUACAAACUAAAUAAUUAUUUAACUUCAUAUCCUGAAUUGAUAACUUGUUACACCUUUGAGUUAAAAUCAAAUAUAUGCACAUGUAAAUAUUUUCCUUUUAAGUUCAUUUGUAAAGUACAUUUUCAUUGUUCUAAAUUGAAUUUUACAUUAUGCACGAAGAAAAGUAAAAACUGGAUUGUAAAUAACUAAAUGAACACGUUUGUAUUGAUAUGAUGUCAAAUAUUGUCCAUUGCAUCACAAAACAUCUCUCUGUUGAUUCAUCUUUAAGGAACUCCCAGUAUAUACGUUGAUCUUAAAACCUAUUACAAGAUUUUAGCAAUGUUAUUGAACUACCCCUGUUGGAUGCCAUAUUGGUUUGUAGUAUUGCAAAUUUGCCAUUCCACUGAGCCUCUUCAAAGCUUCAUGUAUGUAAAUAGCUCUAAUGAACUGGUUUGUAUGCAUGUCUGCCUCUGUAAUAAAUACUUUUAUACCUGCUAA